GCGGCGGCGGCGGCGGGAGCGGCAAGAUGGCGGACGUGCUGGACCUACAUGAGGCGGGGGGCGAGGACUUCGCCAUGGAUGAGGAUGGCGACGAGAGCAUCCACAAACUGAAGGAGAAGGCCAAGAAGCGGAAGGGCCGCGGCUUCGGCUCCGAGGAGGGCUCCCGGGCCCGGGUACGUGAGGACUACGACAGCGUGGAGCAGGACGGGGACGAGCCGGGCCCGCAGCGCUCCGUCGAGGGCUGGAUCCUGUUCGUGACCGGGGUGCACGAAGAGGCCACCGAGGAGGACAUCCAUGAUAAGUUCGCGGAGUAUGGGGAGAUCAAGAACAUCCACCUGAACCUGGACCGGCGCACGGGGUACCUGAAGGGAUACACCCUGGUGGAGUACGAGACCUACAAGGAGGCGCAGGCGGCCAUGGAGGGGCUGAACGGGCAGGAGCUGAUGGGGCAGCCCAUUAGUGUGGAUUGGUGCUUCGUGCGGGGGCCCCCCAAGGGCAAGAGGAGGGGCGGCCGCCGCCGGAGCCGGAGCCCGGACAGGAGACGCCGGUGAUGACUCCUCAUUGCCAUGGCAAAUCCAGACUGGGAGCACUGGGAGGGGGUUUGUACCUUGGGAAUGGGAACAGGAGGAGCUGGAGGAGGUUUUCCUGGUUUCCAAGGGGAUGAGGGAAGGGGGAAAGGCCCCAUUGGGGUUCCUGAACCCCUCAUCCCGGUUCCACCUCCAACCACAACGUUUCUAAAGCAUCUUCUUCCCCAAGGUUUCAACCCCGAGGCCUUCAGUACCUGUUGUGGGAGCUGUAACCGGGCCCCAGCCCUGCCUCGGGGCUGGCUCCACAAUAAACUCUUAGUGCUAAAAAGCCACUUUUCCCCCUUAAAAGGACACCUGGGA